GCAGUCAUACAUACGGUACAAUUUGUCUUCCGACAAUAACCCUAGAAUCAGAGAAAAUGCAGGAGAAGAAAGUGGAAAAUCCCGCCAAUAAGACCCCUAAGAAGACCAAUCUGCUCGAUCACAAUUCCAUCAAACACAUUCUUGACGAGUCUGUCACUGAGAUCGUGACAAGCAAAGGGUAUCCUGAAGAUGUAAGGAUGAGUAACAUUCGGUUACUGAUUGGGGCGAUCAUCAUUGUUAUUGCCCUCUUUGCGCAGUUUUACAACAAGAAGUUCCCCGAGAAUCAGGACUUCCUCAUCGGUUGCAUCGUUUUGUAUGUUUUGUUCAAUGGGAUAUUGCAACUGAUUAUAAACACGAAGGAAAAGAAUGCCAUUCUAUUCACCUAUCCUCCACCUGAUUCUUUCAAUUCUACUGGGUUAGUAGUGACUUCUAAGAUGCCAAGAUUCUCAGACAUGUAUACACUUACCAUAGCCAGCGCAGACCCCAAAUCGAUAUCUGCAAAGCCAUCAGUUGAAUUUACCAAAAGUGUUACUAAGUGGUUCACUAAGGAUGGAGUUUUGGUGGAGGGAUUUUUCUGGAAGGACGUCGAGGGACUGAUAAAUGAUUAUGCCAAAGAAUCUAAAAAGAGCAAAUAAAUUUCAACUUGUAACAUAUACCAGUGAAUUGCAUUCAUGCGGACUAGUUUACAUGGUAGAACAGUAAUUGAAAGUGAGAGUGAAUGGGUUUUGUAUUACAAAUAUGGUUAUCAAAAUUUGGGCAGGAUUACUGAUACAACUCUGAUUAAAUUAGUACUACAAGUAAUGAUGGGAAGAAUUUACAGAUUUAUAUUC